AAAAGCCUUUUGUAUUUGACAUGAAUAUUAACAUGUUUAAGUAAUACAUUGACUUUGGAUUAUUCAAAGGGCUUAUGUCGCAUAGAAAGCACGCAUACAUGACCGAGAAUAGAGAGAAAGUUAUAGGUCUUCUUGCAACGUUCCCACAGUUGCCGUGACCACGACUUGCGUUCGAUAGGAGGAUGUAUCAAGUUACUUGUUGUUAACAUGCAUGAAGGAAACUGGUUCGUAUUCUCUCUCAUAGUGAUGUUGAAGCCAGUGCAAAUGGUUUCUCAUCAUGAUUCACGAAAGUGUACCUCUUAUUUUUAAAGACGUUAAUUCAGAUCUUUCUUUAUUUUUCGCUACUUUAUGUAUUAUUGAUAUAUUUGGUGUUUUUCCAAUUAUCGCUUUGCCAAGUGCUAUCAUUCAGUGCGGAUUAUUUGGAAUUCCUUUGGUACUCAUUGUUUUUGGAUUACAAAUAUACACAGCUGCACUUCUUGGAAAAUCAUGGAUCAUAGCUACGAAUUUGGAUCCGUUGAUCUCUCGAAAAAAUCGGUAUCCUUUAGCAGCAGUAACCGAAUUAACACUGGGUCCACGAGCACGAACUAUUGUAACUUUUAUUUUGGAUCUUACAAUUUUUGGUUGUGGAAUACCCAAUUUAUUGGUCGCGUCGCAGAAUCUACAAAUAUUUGGAGUUAGAAUAUCGGAUGAACGAUUUGAUCUUUCUUUUUGUUACUGGUUACUUCUGGUCGGUAUGCUGCUCUGUCCUUUCAUGUGGUUAGGAAGUCCACGAGAUAUGAAAUGGUUGACAAUGUUUUCGUGUGGUACGAUCAUUUUUACCGCAACACUGAUUUGGUGGUGCAUCAUCAACGAUGAUCGAACUAUCGAUCAUUUACCGAUACCAACCUCACCGACUUGGGAUAAAUUUAUAUCUGGUUACGGUAUGUUGGCCUUUCUGUUUGACGUACAUCCAACACUGAUGACUAUUCAAGUUGACAUGCACAAUCCUCGAGAUAUUAAUAAAACUAUUAUAUUCUCCUUUAUUGUUAGUAUAUUACUUUUUGGAGUAACAACUGGUUUGGCCAUGUGGAAAUACGAAGGGAAUGUAACAGCAAAUAUUCUUCUAAAUGUACCAAAAGGAUUUGCAAUAAAUGGUGCUAUUUUAUUAGCUGCUCUUCAAUUAUGUUUAUCCAGUGCAUUAGGACAUUCGGCACUUUUUCAACAUCUUGAGGAUAAAUUUCAAAUAGAGAGAUCAUUCGGAUGGAAACGUUGUGCCUUAAGAUCGGCAGUUGUUUUUUUCGGAGUUGCCGUAGGAGAAUCAGUUCCGCGCUUCGAUAUAGUAAUGGCUCUGAUUGGUGGAUCAUUAACGGGACCAUUGGUUUUCGUACUUCCGCCGUUGAUGUAUGCCAGAGCGGUAGCUUUGAAAAAUAGAGCGAAUAAUGUUUCAACGCCGGAAAUUUAUUCGACAUCUGAAAGACGAUUAAGUAUGAGUGAUGUUAAUUUGGAUCCAAGAAUUCAUUCGAGAUCCGUUUAUGAUGGUUUUUUGGAUGUUGCUAAAUCCAUACCAUAUAAAUAUUCUUACGUUUAUUAUUACGAUAUGGAAAAUGAUGUUGAUGAACGAUUGGAGGACGAUGAGAUCGAUGAUGAAGAAAAUUAUUCUAAUCUUAUAACCUUGAAUGAAUUUUCAUUAAUAAGAAGAAAUCGUCAAGAAGAGGCCAUUCUUAUCGACGCUAGUCAACCAUCUUUAAGAAAUCGUCGAAAACGAGUCCAUUUAGCACAAUCAACGUUUAAAUCUCGAGUAAUUUGCGAUAUUAAAAAGACAAUGAAUUGGUUUGGUUAUUUCAUUGUAAUUAUUGGUAUAGGAAUUACAAUAUCGUCUAUUUAUAUUAACAUUAAAAAUACUAUUCGUUAUGUACGUUUUACAUCGCCAUGUAUCAUUAAUGCAAGUGUUGUACAAGAUGCUAUUUAAUUGUAUUUCUUUAUGUUCUCUUUUAUUUUUUAUUUUUAUGUACGUAGCAUAUUACGUUUUUGUAUAUUAUAU